CACACACACACACACACACACACACACACACACACACACACACACACACACUGUAUACAUUAAUAUAAAUAUAUAUACCGAGGCUUUAUCGAUGUCUCUGAUAUCAAAGUCAUUAGGUUGUCUUUAAAUUUCACCCUUCUUUUUCUAUUCCUCUCCCUGGUUGUGAUAAGAUGCCAGACACAAAGAUAUUUCAGUUGUUGCCUGAUGACAAAGAUAUCGCAGCCAUGCAAAGUACUGAUAGUCUCCUAGUUCCAUCAAAACCUCAGCCUCCAAAAUCAUCAUUAUCUCCAAGUCUUCAAGAAUAUAACUCUAGAAGUGAUGGAAACAACAAGCAACAAGAUCAAGAACAAGAAAAGCUCCAGUAUGAAUCAAGAAGUAAACGAAAAUGGGAAUAUAAUGACGAAACUUCUCGGGUAGAGAUUCUAGAGACGCCGAGGAAUUCAAACAUAAGGUCUCAUUGUCCUCCUCGGCCGCCAAGAAAGCCAAAAGCUAGUCCGGCCAUGAAAGGGAGACCCAUGUGGUUAAAGAGAUCCGUGGUUUUAUUGGACGUAUCAAGAGAGGUCGAAUCUAUGUUUCCUCCGUCUGUUCUUCAAGAUUUCGGUAAGAAGAUCAAAAAAGCUAGAUAUUGAUCAAUUUUCUUUAGAUACUCUAUAUAUCCAUAGUUUGAUUUUUUUUUUGUCUGUUUGCAUUACCUAUAAGUUUAUAUGAUAUAUUAUUGUGUUACAAACCCCCCACAAAAAGCAAAAGUUUAGUGUUUUCAUUGAACUUAUGAAAUCAAACUCCGUUGGUGUUGAAGACUUCUUUUGGAAUAUUGAGAGAACUAUUCUUGAUCCAUGUUCUAUACGCUUUUGUCUAAUAGGAUUUUGUUAAUUUACGGCAGCAUGUGUCCAUAUGUAUGCAAUACAUUGUUUGCAGUAUAUGAUUUGGAUAAUGAUGGGUAAGUAUUUGACGUUAAUAUUUGGGAUCUAAUUGUUUGUAUACAUUUAUGUUGUCAUA